ACUCGUCACGACGACGGACGGCCCGCAAAAAAGUUUCGGGCAAAUGGCGAUCGACAGUAAACGUCGGUGUAAAGUACAGAGGAGGGAAAUGUACAAGUGUCUGCCGGUGUAUUUUUGGCGGGCGUAUCUGGUCGAACCACAAGCCCUUGACGCCGUUUUCUGCUUUUCGGACGCAGUAGCCGCUAGUUACCCGUCGUGGCGAUGUUCGUUCGAUCGCUAGAUCCUGCGGGAGCGUAGCUCUUCGUCGCCGGCAAGCAUGGAGGAUAACCCGACGCAAGAAAUUCCGGCUUACGUUAGGCGUGGAUGGCACGUGAGAACGCGAAUCGCGGUGGUGAUACUCAUCUGCGUCGGCUCGAUGAUCAUUUACUGGUUCGUCAGUUCGAGCAUGGAAAAUCGGCGGGAUGGUAGAUACAGGGGGUCGACCGGUGGGAAGUCUCGCAAAAUGGCCCAUUUGGAGAGACUGUCCGAUCAGAUUUUACCGUUAGAAUAUACUUUGAAAAUACUACCCAUAUUAGAAGAGAAAAAUUUCACAAUGAUCGGCGAUGCACAGAUCCAAUUUUAUUCCAAAGUAUCGACUAAGCACGUACGACUUCACGCCCGCAAGCUCCUCAUACAAGACAUUAGCGUGAAGGAAUACAGUUCACCGAAUGCAACGAAGUUAAUGAACACGUACCUCGUAACGGAUGAGGGCUUUAUCGACGUCUUUCUUUUACAUGUAUUGAUAGCGAGGGAGAUUUACAUUUUACACAUAAAAUAUAUGAUCCCGCUUGAUCAAAAACCUGCAAACGGAUUUUUUAGGAGCUCGUACAUCGACAGUGAUACAAACGAAACCAGAUGGAUAGCGGUGUCGAACUUCUCUCCGGACUACGCUCGCACAGCUUACCCGUGCUUCGACGAGCCGUGGAUCAAGACGCCGUUUCGCAUCUCGAUCGGCAGAAAGUCACACAUGCGAUCGCACUCGAACUCCAUGCGCAAAUUCACCGAGGAAAUACACGGCAUGCCAGGAUACGUCUGGGACCAUUAUGAGAAAACCUUCCGGAUGCCCACUUACUUGGUCGCCUUUAUGGUCACCGAUUUUUCGAGUUACGACGUCGCCGUCCGCGAUCGACCGUCGCACACGAUCUUUUUCCGGAAAGAGAUCGCGAAUGACACGAGAUACGUCGGCGAUCUGAUACCGAAGGUUCUCCGUGUGAUACAGAAUUUUACCGGAUCUUAUUACGAAUUAGAUAAACUGGAUGUGAUCGUGGUUCCUGAAUUAGAGUAUGCCGCGAUGGAAAAUUGGGGCCUUAUAACGUUUCGAGAAGAAGUUAUUCUUAUAAAGAAAGAUGACAGUAUUGUUGAGACCAAAAAGUCAUUGGCUAUUAUUGCAGCGCACGAAAUCGCCCAUCAAUGGUUCGGUAAUUUGGUAACGCCAAAAUGGUGGGAUGAAGUGUGGUUGAAAGAAGGAUUCGCUUCAUUUUUCGGAAUCCUAGCACUAAAUGCGGUCGAGCCUGCAUCCUGGGACCUGCGGGCCUAUUUCCUGCUCGUGUGUCACGACGUGUUUAACAGCGACGCCGGCGAAGCGGCACACCCAUUGCAUAUUGAUCUGAGGAAACUGAGCGAUCUCACCGACAUCUUCGAUACGACGUCGUACGUCAAGGGUAAUUGCAUGGCGCACAUGAUCUAUCAUUUUCUGGGCGAGCGGAUCUUCCUCGCGUCUGUGCGCCACUACAUGCGCAUGUACCACUAUCGCAACGCCGAUCAGGAGGAUCUCUGGAGCGUUUUUCAAGUGGAGAUCGAUGGAGCGAAGGGGCUACCGGUUUCCCCAGGACUCCGCAUGAAGGACGUUAUGCGUACUUGGACGUAUCAGGCCGGCUUCCCGGUCCUGCGCGUCCAACAGAAUCGAGAAACCGGUGCGAUCGAGCUUACGCAGGACCGAUUUUAUCAUUAUGGCCUAAAUAGAACGAGCGAAGAGUUAUGGCACAUCCCGUUGACGUGGACAACCGAAAAUGAAGAGCAAUUUAGUAAUACCCUGCCGAAGGCAUGGAUGGUCAAGAAACGCAUGAAAAUUAACGAUAUUGCUUUGAGCCGGGCGACUUCCAACAACCAGUGGAUUCUGUUCAAUAUCAAUCAAACGGCAUUGUACCGUGUCAACUAUGACGUAGAGAACUGGAAACUGUUAACAAAGUCCUUUCGAGUUCUACCGGAAAUAACCAAAGUGCAGUUACUAACCGACUCGUUCGCGAUAGCUAAAGCCGGGCUGCUUGAUAAAAGAAUUAUGUGGAAUAUUCUUGAGAAGGUGGAAGCAGAAAGUGGAGAAAUACUGUGGACACCCGCGUUGCGUUUAUUGACUUCCAUCCAGCGUCGUCUUUGGGACUCGGACUUGUUCAAGUUCGUCAUGUGCAAGUUUAUAGAUAAGGUGUACAGCAAGACGGCACCAACGGUGGUAUAUAAGGCUCCCACGCUGUGGACAGAAUUCGAGAUCAACGUAAUGAAAUCGGCAUGUUCGGUAGACUAUCAAGCAUGUUUAACGGCGGUCCUUAACUUUGCUCGAGAAAUGCUACGAAAUGAGUCAUCAGAUUCUUUGCCACAAGAAUUUCGUAGCUGGACGUACUGCACAUUCGUGAAAGUCGCCACGGAGGAACAAUGGCUGGCACUCCUGAAAAGAUACAACGAAUCAGCAGCGCACGAUAAGAAAACCCUCGCAUUCGCAUUGGGAUGUCAUGUUAACGCGAGUCUGUUGCAAAGAUAUUUAUCUGUAAUACAUUCACAGAGGAAUGUGUCGUCUGAAUAUGUAGAAAUAGCUCUAAGGUCCAUCGCGUUGAAUCCAUACGGAUAUCACGUUGCAAUAGAAUUUAUAACUCAACAUUGGAAUAAGUUUAACAUGUUCACAAAUCAGGAAGGAAGUAAUAAUUACGCAAAUGUUUCCUUGAUCGAAAUAUUGGAUGCCUUCUCGAAACGCAUUCGUAAAGAAGAGGAUGUGGAAUGGCUGUUGGGAUUGAGAGGCAAGGGCAAGAAGUACGACAUCGCGAUUGGAAAAGUUAUUAAUAGAGUCGAGACCAAUGUCGCGUGGUAUAAGAAGCAGAAAAAUGAGACGUUACAGAUACUAGAAGAAAUUUCUACGAGACAUGCCGAGACAAGAAAUUGCAGAAAACGAAAUUAACAGACAUACUCUGUAAAAAACUUAUUCAAAUCAAUACAAUCCUGCGAUUACAUGAACAAAAUUAUUACAAAUAAUUAUCAUAUAAUUAGUUUAUAUAAACUCUGAUGCCAUGACGUUGCAAUCAAAAACUAAAUUCUUACUGAAUUAGUUUUUAUUUAUUAAUAAAAAUAAUUUAUCCAAA